AUGCUUAACCAGCCCAUUGAGGUCAGGGAGCAGUCCUACUCGACAUUCACCACGUCAUCGAGCCCUUCAUCGACCGGCUUCAACUCAACUUCAUCCUCCUCCUCCUCAUUUCUCAGCAUCGACGACGACAACAUGCGCAAGGGAACUCGUCCACCUCCGCUGAACCUCAGCAUUGUCCCUAGGCCGAGGUCUCUGCCGCGACUGUCCACCACACCACUCGCCAAGGAGCUCACUCCUCUGCUUACACCUCUCCCCGAGGAGGUUGAGGAGCCUUGUGGACCUGUGCUGCGAGCUGUGCGGAUCGCGGUGGAUUUCAUGCAGAUUGUCUCAUGUCUGCUUGUCAUUUUGAUGCUGGCCAUCUUCCUCGUUUCAUAUACUGGAGCCGCAGUUUCCAGCCAUGGCAUCAGAGCAGUUAUACUUAUCGCGGCUCUUAGCUGCGAUAUUGGUCUUGGCAUGUGGUCCAUCAUCCACCACGACAGACAAUGGUCUGGCCCGGCCGUCCUGCUCCGAAUAUCCACAGCAUCGGUGCUAGUUUGCAGUUUGGUAUCGAUUGUUGUAAUGGACAGGGUCUUUCCAGCAGACUACACAUACUGGGGUCUACCCCUAUCACAAUCGGGCGCUCUCGUGCUGGGUCUCCUCUCUGCCAUUCUGGGAUGGGAUGUCGUUCAUUUUAUGCUAUCGCAGCGCAUCACCGAGUGCUGGGGCCGAGUGUGCUCCUGGCUGCAGCAGCAGAAGCUCCGACGAAGCAUCAUGUCGAACCGGGGCCACAGACGCAGACGAAGCGGACCCUGGUGGUUCAGCUCUCGACAGAGGCAGACGGCUGUGGAGAAGAGAGGCUGGAUCUGCGUUUCAUGA